ACGGUGACUGAGAGAUAUACUUUUCUAACUGCACUUUUCAUGCCACAGUGGCGCAUUUUCUCACAAUUUCCUGACGAACUGGACGUCAACAUUAACUCGUCAUGACCGAGUUAACGUCACGAAAACGUUCCUUUUCCAUUGAAUCGCUCGAAUGGUGAUCGAGCAUCAGUCUCUCUGUGGGAGCACUCUGACACCUACUGGUCAGAAAAGUCAUUACAGAAGUCAGCACGUGUUGCAACCAAGGCCACUCUUGCGCUGUAUUGUCUUUCGUUUGCAUGCGUUGCCUAGCAACACGGUAAACUUCCUGUUUGGAUGUCGCAGACCCUCACUUUCCGCAGUCGUUCUGCAGUUAAACUAAGGACAGUCCCUUCGACAAGCGCGGGACCGGUGUGGAUCACAGGUCGUUCACUCGAGGAUGAGCGCAGGGCGAGCAACAGAGGGCGCCGGCUGCGUCACGUGGUGGGGCUUCAGUCCUGCGCGCGACCUGCUUCGUUCAGGUCCAGAGAGCCCUGAAGGUGAAAUCAACAUGUUACUGGUCGGCAGUGCCGACCCCCGGCAUAUUCUGAAGACUAUCGCUGGUUUGAGAGACGAGGACACUCUCAAUGUGUGGUUGGUGGAAAGCAGCAUGGAGGUGGUGGCACGGCAGAUGCUGCUCCUCUACCUCGCUCUGAUUCCACUGGAGAACAUGGGUCUCAAUGAGAAGGCGGAGUUUUUCCUGGAGGUGUUCGGGAACUGUGAAAUCCGGAGUGCCACCGAGGAAACUCUGAAACGUAUGGCGUCUGAGCUGAUGCUGGGUGUGACCAGCACGCUGGACACACCUGCGCACCCCUGUAUGAACACCACCCUGCUGAAGUUCAAGGAACGGGACGAGCUGGACAGGAUUUUCAAGUCGUGGAUCAAACCGCAGUCUAAAAUCAUCAUGUCCAAAGCUUGGGACUAUCGGGUUCGACAGCACCUGGGGACGAGAUACGACUCCAAGAGAGGCUGCUUCGACUGGGAUCUGACGAUGAAGCUGCACCAGAAAGGAUGCGGAACAAUAAACCGCCAACAGUACGCUCAAUGGAGGGAACGAGGUUUGGCCUUUGAAUUGAGGGAAGGCAUUUACCGAACAAACAACCCAUCCAUGAUCUCGUCAAGAAUAUUUCAAAAAGGAGGCAAGAUUGCGGUGAGUGGCUACUGGGGCGACAUCGUGACCGGCCCGUAUCUUUGCUACGGUGUUGAAACGGAUGACAAGAGCAUGCUGGAGACGCGGAACGGGAUCCACAUGAAGACGGCUCAGGACAUCUCCUUCGCCAAUGUGCAGAAACUGUUCCAGUCUCUGACCAGCAGACACUGCUCUGGUUCCUGCACUGCUCCAGCCUCCACAGAGAACAGCCAACCAUCUGUCAGUGUUGGAGAUCUGAUGCAUCUCAAGCACAUCACCAUUAAGUUCUUGCCUCUGGACUCGCUGGAGAAACUCCCAGAAAAGCAGAAAUACAGGGACUUCUUCAACGUUAUCUUCUUCUCAGCCAGCUCUGUGGCACAUUUGGGCUCGCCGAUGAGACAGAUUGCAGCACCAGAUGCUGUGCUUGUCGUGGAACUGGCAAAAUACGUCUUGGACUUGUCAAAGGAGCAGGAGGCAGGUUUUAAGGAGAAAGUGCAGGGUAUCUCUGUGGAGGCGGGGUUUGAACCGUGCCACCAGCAGGCACUCGCUGAUGAUGCUCUUUCUGUUUUCAUAGCAAAGAAGGAAUAAAUGAUUCUGUUUCUUUAAAAGCUGAUUCACUUGUCUGGCUUUAAUCUUUGUGUGCUGCUGUAACAACCCAAAUUUCCCCGUGGUGGGAAGAAUAAAGGCAGUCAAAUCUAA